AUGUCGAGUAAAUUUCUAAACGAUAAGAAGAAGAAACUACAGGCCUUUAAGAAUACGACCAAUACCAACGACUCUAUGGCCAAGUCGUACCUGGAGAAGUUUAGCUGGGACUUGAUGCGUGCAGUCGACGGGUUUUAUGCUAACGAAAGCGAGAUUUUUACACUUGCUAAAAAGUCGACUAUCUCAAUGGAGAGGGUUAACGCGUGGUUCGAUAGCUACAUAGACCCUGACGAUGACGAAGAUAGUAUCAAUGAAGAGGGUAUUCUGAAGUUCUGCGACGACAUUGGCGUAGACCCGCAAGAUAUUGUAGUGCUGGUGAUUGCAUGGAAGAUGCAAGCUGCCUACAUGUGUGCGUUUACACGUAGAGAGUGGCAAAAGGGUAUGCAGGAAAUGGACUGCGAUUCUGUCGCCAAGCUGAAGGCAAAGCUUCCUCAGUUGCGUCAAGUUAUCACAAGUACGACGGAAUUUAAAAAGUUCUACAGCUUUUGUUUUGGCUUUUCGAAGGAACCCGGUCAGAAGAGUCUCAGUAUCGACAUUGCCGUGGCCAUGUGGGAGCUACUACUGUCGACACGCUUUGAAAAGCUGAUGAAAAGCUGGUUGGCCUUUUUAGCGGAGAAGAAGCCGGUAAAAGGCGUGACGCGCGACACGUGGGACCUCCUUUUUGACUUUUUUGUAAAAGUACGCGACUCCUACGCCACUUACAAUGAGAAUGAAGCCUGGCCUGUGCUUAUUGACGACUAUAUGGUAUGGAUAGACAGUAAAAAGUAA